AUGAAGUCAAUCAUUGUUGUUGGUAUUUUACUUCUUGGUUAUGUUGCUCUUAGUGGAACAUUUCAAUGCUAUUCUCAUGAUGAAUGCUCAAUUAAUUGUAUACAAUUGAGUAAUACAAUAAGAUCUUGUACUGAUGAUGAUAAUAGAUGUUACAAAGCUGCAUUUCCUGAUGUUAUUACCCGAGGUUGUGCUAAAGAACGAUAUAAUGUUCAAUGUCUUUUAUAA